CCGGGAUUGCAGGGGGCGCUUGAGUUUGUUGCCAAACAGAAACCAAAAGUAGAAAAAUAAUGAACACAGAGUAGAACUUAACUGAAAAUACCAAUUAAAAUGAAUCAUUCACUGAUUUUCAAACAAGAGCAAGCUCAUAAAGACAGUAUAUGGACGUGUGCCUGGGGUAGAAAUGAAAAAGAUGGAAUUGAAAAUAUUGUCUCUGGUUCAAUUGAUGACACAGUUAAAGUUUGGAAAUGGGCAGAUGAGAAGUUAGAUUUAAGAUUUGUAUUAGAAGGACAUCAACUAGGAGUUAUAUCAGUAGAUAUCAACCCCACUGGAACCUUGGCAGCAACAAGCAGUUUAGAUUCUCAUGUUAAAGUGUGGGAUUUAGAAACAGGAAAAUUAGCCAAAAGUAUUGAUGCUGGCCCAGUUGAUGCUUGGACAGUUGCAUUUUCACCUGACUCCAGAUUUUUAGCGUCUGGUAGUCAUACGGGUAAAGUGAAUUUAUUUGGUGUAGAUUCUGGUAGAAAAGAAACAUCUAUGGAUACUCGAGGAAAAUUUACCAUGAGUAUAGCUUAUAGUCCAAAUGGAAAAUAUAUUGCGUCUGGUGCCUUAGAUGGAAUUGUUAAUGUGUUUGAUAUGACCACAGGAAAAUUAAUACACACUUUAGAAGGUCAUGCUAUGGCUAUAAGAUCAAUCUGUUUUUCACCUGAUUCUCAAUUAUUAGUCACUGGUUCUGAUGAUGGUCAAAUUAAAAUAUAUGAUGUAGAACAUGCUAAUUUAGCUGGUACUGUAUCAGGACAUGGUUCCUGGGUGUUAAGUACAGCUUUUAGCCCUGACAAUACACAUUUUAUAUCAGGAUCCUCAGAUAAAACAGUGAAAAUAUGGAAUGCAGGAACCAGACAGUGUGUUCACACCUUUUACGAACAUACAGAUCAGGUAGUUUGGAGUGCGAAGUAUAAUGGAUCUGGAACCAGAGUAGUGUCUGUAUCAGAUGAUAGAGCUUUACAUGUAUAUAAUUGUCCUAUUGCUACUUAAUAAUAUCUCAUACCCACUUCAUCAUCUUGUAUAUACAUUUUAUCAUGAAAUCUGUCUAUAUUAUUUUUAGUAAAUUGAAUGCUUCCUCCAAAUUCCAUGUCACACAAUUUUUAUGAGUGUCAUUUUUCUCAUAUAAAGUGUCAGACAAACUUUU